GAAGGAUUUAAGAACUGGGAGUUUAUGACCGUCCAUUGCUGGGGAGAAAAAGCGGAAGGUGAAUGGAUGCUGGAAAUUCAUGACAUCCCAUCCCAGUUGCGCAAUCCAGAGACUCAAGGGAAGCUGAAGGAAUGGACGCUGAUUCUUUACGGCACAACUGAGCACCCGUUCAAUGCUAUCAGUUUCCAUCACUCAAGGUCCAAAGCCCUGGAUUUAUCUGCAGCUGAUCAGGAGCCUUCCAAAUCUGGCAUCUUCCAGAAUCCCCUAGAGUUUGAGGAAGAAGACGAGUAUUCAGGUCCGUGCCACGCAGAGUGUGGAGACAGAGGAUGUGACGGGCCCGGCGCCGAUCAG